AUACAAUUGCAAUAAUUGUUCAAAAACUCCCAUUGGUUAGUCUUAGUAUAGCUUUAUGGAUUAACCAUACUUGGUAUAAGGAAGUGAAACAUGAAUUGCAUAUGAGGCGCGAAAAGUUUAAAAACCAAUAUUGGAAAACAGUGUCAGUAAGAUAUAUGGAGAUACAGCUUAAAGAACAAUGUUGGGAAGAAGAAGGCAGGCAAUUUAGCGACUGCAUGGAUACUGAUGACUAUGAAAAACACAUCGAAAGAAUGAGAUUUUUAGAUGGGGAAUGUCAUAAAUUCUACUACGAACUAGUAGAAGUAGAAAGAUGCAUGUUACGAAAUAAAUUAAUCAGAAAAAGAGAAAGAGGCGAUGUAUUAAAUC